AUGUUCUCCAUUUACAAUGGUCGAACGGACACUGUAGAACAUGUGAACCGUUUCAACCAGAGGAUGGAUGUCCACUCUAAGAACAAGGUCUUGAUGUGCAAAGUAUUUCCCUUCAAUUUGGGACCUGUGGCGAUAAGAUGGUUCGAUGGUCUGAGAGCCAAUUCCAUAGAAUCCUUUAAGGAACUCACCCAGGCCUUUGGUUCUCGUUUUAUCAUGUGUAGUAGGGUACCUCAACCCUUGGAUUCGCUACUGUCCUUGUCCAUGCAAGAAAGGGAGACCCUGAAAAUGUACUCGGACAGAUACUGGGAGAUGUAUAAUGAGAUAGAUGGUGACUUUAAUGACGUGGCCAUCAGCACUUUUAAGGUCGGCCUCCCGGCCGAGCACGAUUUAAGGAAGUCUCUGACUGGCAAACCUGUUACUAGUGUGAUCCAACUCAUGGACCGGAUUGAUAAAUACAAAAGGGUGGAGGAAGACCAACAGCAAAGGAAAGGUAAAGCAAAGCUGGUUCGGGAAGGGAAGUUGAAGCAUCUGCUGCACCAUUCCAGUGGCCAAGCGGAGCAGACAGGUUUGGAUCCCCGGAGGGAUGCUUCUUCAAGACCUCCUCUAGGAAUGAUUAAUGUCAUCUUUGUUGCUCCUGGUAGGACCGAUUUUCAUCCCUCUAGAGUGAUGUCUAUGGCUCGGCUAUCUACCGAGGAUAACAGUUUAGAGCCAAAAAGAGCCAGGAAAGAAGCCCCAUAG